AUGGCUGACGAUGAAGCUUGGACAAGCGGCGAAUCUGAGCCAGAGGAAAGAGACUCUGACGAUGAAGAAACAUAUGAUAUUGAUUUUGAAGAUUUAGAAAAUGUGGAGUAUGUCGAAGAUCAAAUUUAUGAAGACUCGUGGUUUUUUCCAUCAAUAAAGGAUUUCAACGGUACCUCUGAAAUCAAUCAAAACAUCAAUGUAGCAGGUAAUACACCUAUAGACUUCUUCAAUUAUUUUUUUGACUCCUCACUGAUUGAAAUGAUUAUUGAAGAAACUAAUCGUUAUCAUUUUCAAAAUCCUGGAAUUCAAAGUGACCAUAUGAAGCCUUGGACUCCCUUUACAAAAGAAGACUUCGAAAUUUUUCUUGGCCUUUCGAUUCUCAUGGGACACGUUCGGAAAGGCGAAUUACAUAGUUAUUGGUCGACUGAUCAAUUAGUACAAACUCCAAUUUUUCGUCAGAUGAUGUCUCGCGACAGAUACUUGCAGAUUUUGUGUUACAUUCAUUUUCACGACAAUGAAAAUACGACAUUGGAUAUUGCAGGCCAUACUUUAGCGAAAAUUAAGCCAGUAAUAGAUUUUCUUCAAUCUAAAUUUUCAGCAGCUCUCACUCCAGGGAAAAAAAGUCUGUAUUGA